UAUGAAGUGCAAAUCCUCGGCCGGGUGAUGCUGGUCGCUGCAUGUCAACAGGCAGGUGCGACCGCGGGCGAUGAUGUAAGCUGGCAAUAUCGUUGCAACCACACGCAGCCUUUGUCUCUCACCUCACGUCUCAUCGCAUCACUACCCAUCGAUCAACGCAUUUCUAAAAUGCAGGCAGUCAGCAUAGGCGAGUCUGCUCUCGCAGCGGGCCUCGAACACAAUAUCGUGGCCGCAAUUCGCAGCUUGAAGAUAGAACGCGAUACAUGGCGGCACACUGCGGAGCAAUACCAGGCUGCUUUUGAAGAGCAGUCUUCACACUUGCGCGAAUUGCUCGACAUCUGCAUUGCAACACAAGCCGAACUGGAGAACGAGAGGAUCACCCAUCGGCGUCGACUUGCGCGGUCAGAUUCUACACUUCCCGACGACGCAUCUCAGCGGAACACCAGUGGAAACCACGAGAACCAAGCUUUUGGCACUGCCAUUAUUCUUCGCAAUAACCUAGGACAGGCGAAACAGCGGCCACUGACGUGCUUCAGUCGAGUCGAGUGCCUGUGUGAGCAACACGAUUAUGGCUCAGCUCUCAUGGAGGUUGAUCGCUUACUACGUGGCCCUCUCGCAUCGAAAUUCCGGGUGGAGGGUUUGUUGAUAAAGAGCGACAUACUGCGUAAAUCUGAGUUGCUGUACGAUGCUUUGGCUAUAUGUAGCGAGGCACUGGAGCUGUGCGGUAGUCUGAGCGAACUACACGCGUACAUACCCAAGAUUCAUUACCAGCGUGGCGUUUGUUACUAUCAUCUGCGAAUGACGAAGCACGCACGGGAUGCUCUGAGUCAAGUCUCGUCAAGCGAUAGGUCGCUGUCCACUAAAGCUCGCAAUCUUCUCGAAUCAUGCAAUGAUCAAAUCGACACCAGCCGUCGAUCUGGCUUUGAAUCACAUCGAGUAACGUCCGACGGUUCGCCUGUGGCGUUGGGCGAGGUUCCGCUUGAUCGGAGAUCGAACGGCUCACAGUUUCGGCUCACUGUUCACAAAGGCAAGCGGUUUUCUUUCCCCGCUCGCUGGGGUGCCUCCAGGUCAACCUCGUGCAGCACAAACUGA